AUGCAGAGGAAUCCUCCUCCACAGUACUGGGCACCAACUGGUGAGAGCGACCGCAAGCAGGCAGAUCUGGGACUAUAUUUCAUUUUUAAAGUAAGAAAAAUAAUAAAUUGCUCUCUCUCGCUCUCCAACUCACUCAAAAUCAAACAAUCACUCACACACUCGCACAAUCAAUCACACUCGCUCACACACACACACACAAACAAACAAUUCUCACACACACACACACAAUCAAUCGAACACACACAAACAAUCACUCACACCCGCACACACAAUCACACACUCACUCUCUCUCUCACACACACACACAAUCACUCUCUCUCUCACACACACACACACACACACACAAUCAAUCGAACACACACAAUCACUCUCUCUACACACACACACACACAAUCAAUCGAACACACACAAUCACUCUCUCUCACACACACACACACACACAAACACAAUCACUCUCUCUCACGCACUCACACAAUCACUCUCUCUCACACACAAUCACUCUCUCUCACGCACUCACACAAUCACUCUCUCUCACGCACUCACACAAUCACUCUCUCUCACACACAAUCACUCUCUCUCACGCACUCACACAAUCACUCUCUCUCUCUCACACACACAAUCAAUCGAACACACACACACAAUCACUCACACCCGCACAAUCACACACACACACACACACAAUCACUCUCUCUCACGCACACUCACUCACAAUCACUCUCUCUCACACACAAUCACUCUCUCUCACACACACACACACACACACAAACACAAUCACUCUCUCUCACGCACUCACACAAUCACUCUCUCUCAUGCACUCACACAAUCACUCUCUCUCAUGCACUCACACAAUCACUCUCUCUCUCUCACACACACAAUCAAUCGAACACACACACACAAUCACUCACACCCGCACAAUCACACACACACACAAACACAAUCACUCUCUCUCACGCACUCACACAAUCACUCUCUCUCACGCACUCACACAAUCACUCUCUCUCUCUUACACACACAAUCAAUCGAACACACACACACAAUCACUCACACCCGCACAAUCACACACACACACACACAAUCACUCUCUCUCACGCACACUCACUCAUAAUCACUCUCUCUCACACACACACACACACACACAAUCACUUUCACACGCACAAUCACUCUCUCUCUCUCUCUCUCUCUCUCACACACACACACACACAAAAUCACAAUCAAUCAUACACACACUCAAUCAUACACACACACACUUGUGUGUAA